AUGUACAAUGGAAGUGCGUGCACUGCAACAGAUGGGUCAGGUGUGUAUGACUGCUUUGAAAUCAAGACCGGUGUUAAACAGGACUUCUGUUGCUGUUUUCUUUUUCUACUUGUAAUGGACUGGGUCAUGAGGAAUGCACGCAUCAGAUGGAAGUUCAGUAGCCUCCUGGAAGAUCUUGACUUUGCUGAUGACCUCUCUCUGGUCUCAAGCAAGAGAGAGCACAUCCAGACUAAAGUCGACAGUUUGGGACACUAUGGAAAAAUGACAGGCCUCAAAAUCAACACAACAAAGACCAUGAUGAUGAUGUGGAGCAGCCCUAUAAGUGAAAAGGUUCAAGUUGAUUUUGAAGAACUGACAGGAGGAGCAACAGUGGGAAGGAAGUUCAGAAUAAGACAUCAGAGACCGAGUUUGAAAAGCGAGAAGAGCAUCCAGUAA